AUGCACCGCGGCGGGCAGCCUUUGAAAAAGCGGCGCGGCUCAUUCAAGAUGGCGGAGCUCGACCAGUUGCCUGACGAGAGCUCUUCAGCAAAAGCACUUGUCAGUUUAAAAGAGGGAAGUUUAUCUAACACAUGGAAUGAGAAAUAUAGUUCCUUACAAAAAACGCCUGUUUGGAAAGGCAAGAACACAGGCGCCACUGUGGAGAUGCCCUUCAGAAAUUCAAAACGAAGCCGUCUUUUUUGUGAAGAAGAUGACAGACAGUUAAGUACAAGAUCACCUAAAAGAAACCAGAGAGUCGCGAUGGUUCCACAGAAGUUUACUGCAACAAUGUCAACACCAGACAAGAAAGCUUCACAGAAGAUUGGCUUCCGUCUACGUAACCUACUCAAACUCCCCAAAGCACACAAAUGGUGCAUAUAUGAGUGGUUCUACUCAAAUAUAGAUAAACCGCUUUUUGAAGGAGAUAAUGAUUUCUGUGUGUGUCUGAAAGAGUCUUUUCCUAAUUUGAAGACCCGAAAAUUAACAAGAGUGGAAUGGGGGAAAAUCAGACGGCUUAUGGGGAAACCACGGAGGUGUUCUUCUGCAUUUUUUGAAGAAGAGAGGUCAGCUUUAAAACAGAAAAGGCAAAAAAUUCGGCUCUUGCAGCAGAGGAAAGUUGCAGAUGUUUCACAAUUUAAAGAUCUUCCAGAUGAAAUUCCUCUGCCAUUGGUUAUAGGAACAAAAGUUACAGCAAGAUUGCGAGGUGUUCACGACGGAUUAUUCACUGGACAAAUUGAUGCGGUAGACACACUUAAUGCUACUUACAGAGUUACUUUUGACAGGGCUGGAUUGGGAACUCAUACAGUCCCGGACUAUGAAGUUCUUAGCAAUGAGCCUCAUGAAACAAUGCCGAUUGCCGCCUUUGGACAGAAGCAACGACCGUCUCGAUUCUUCAUGACACCACCACGGUUACAGUACACACCGCCUCUCCAGUCGCCAAUUACUGACAGUGAUCCUUUGUUAGGACAGUCACCAUGGAGAAAUAAAAUUUCAGGUGCAGAAACUGAAACGUUAGGAGGUUUUCCAGUAGAAUUCCUUGUCCAAGUGACCAGAUUAUCAAAAAUUCUUAUGAUCAAAAAGGAACACAUCAAGAAAUUAAGGGACAUGAACACAGAAGCAGAGAAAUUGAAAUCCUAUUCCAUGCCUAUUGGCAUUGACUUUCAGAGGAGAUAUGCAACUAUUGUUCUAGAUCUGGAACAACUCAAUAAGGACCUAAACAAAGUUUUGCAUAAAGUUCAACAAUAUUGUUAUGAGCUUGCUCCAGAUCAAGGCCUCCAGCCUGCAGACCAGCCAACAGAUAUGAGACGCAGGUGUGAAGAUGAAGCCCAGGAAAUUGUCCGACAAGCAAAUGCAACGACAGGGCAUCCUUGUGUUGAAAAUGAAACGCUAACGGAAUUAAUCGCUAGGCUCACAGCAAUAUUAUUGCAGAUUAAGUGCCUAGCAGAAGGAGGUGACCUGAAUUCAUUUGAAUUCAAAUCGCUAACAGAUUCAUUAAAUGACAUCAAGAGUUCAUUAGAUGCCUCCAAUAUCAGUUGUUUUCAGAAUAAUGUUGAGAUCCAUGUUGCACAUAUUCAGAGUGGCCUGAGCCAGAUGGGAAACUUACAUGCCUUUGCAGCUAAUAACACCAACAGAGACUGAAAAGAAAGUGUAAUUAUUCCAAGUGUACAGGACAAUUUUGGAAAAUCCUUUUUCCAUAUAUAGGCUUCCAACACCAAAUAACCUGACUGCUAGUGACAACAGAAAA